AUGGCUCGGAAGACCGGCCGGCGCCUGCUGAGCUGGGCCAAUUCUCCCUGUCACCUUCAGUUCAACCCGUUUGUGUUGACGGGAUACCGGCCCACCAGCGGCACCCUGGGCUGUGUGUACAGCCUCUUCUACCUGCACAACGAGCUGGGCAACAUCUACAUCCAUGGCAUGGCCCUGAUGACCCUCCUGGUGCUGCUGCCAUUGACCAUCCCCUGGGGCCAGCUGGGCUGGGGCAGCUGGCUGGGCGGCACCCACUGUUUGGCAUGCCUGGCACCCCUCGCCGGUUCUGUCCUCUACCACCUCUUCAUGUGCCACCACGGAGGCAGCCGCGUCUACACCCGCCUCCUGGCCCUCGACAUGUGUGGAGUCUGGCUGGCCAACAGCCUUGGAGCCUUACCCAUGAUUCACUGCACCCUGGCCUGCUGGCCUCGCCUGCGCCUGCUUGCCCUGGUAGCUCACGCCUUCCUGUCCACCAUAGCCGGCUGGCAGGCCCUCACCGCUCGCUCUACUGUCGCUCGCCUCCGAGCCUUUGGUUGGCAGGCCACUGCCCACCUGCUGGUGUUUGCGGUCCGGGGGAUGGGGCUGGGCACUGGAGCCCCAGGGUCCUUGCCUUGCUAUCUUCGAACGGAGGCCUUGGCACUUCUGGGAGGGCUGGUGAAUGUGGCACGGCUGCCUGAGCGCUGGAAGCCGGGGGCUUUCGAUUACUGGUGUAACUCCCACCAGAUCAUGCACUUGCUAAGCGUGAUCUCCAUCCUCCAACUACAUGCUGGAGUUGUGCUAGAUCUAAUCUGGGCUGCCCACCACGCUUAUGCCUGCCCCGCAGACUGA